AUGGGAGCAAAAUCAAAGAUUAAAAAGUUGUUCGGGUUUGGAAAGAAAGGUGCUAGUUCUUCUAGGGAUGAUACACAAGUUUCACAAGUUUCAUCGGAGGACGACGACUAUGAAACCAGGGAUCAACGGAUAAUAUGCGCUUAUCCAACACCUCCUAUUCAAAGUUCUACACAUAUUCAUAGAGAAGAAACAUGGAUAGUAUAUGCAUAUUCCCCUCCUCAAGAAGGAGACCCUCAAGGAAUGGACUCUUCGUACAAUCCCUAUCUUGAUCCAUACUAUGCUCAAGAAAGAUCUUCUUCAUACUAUGCUCAACCAAACUAUCCUCAAGGAGGAAGCUCUUCAUACUAUCCUCAUGAAGGAACGUCAUCAUACAAUCAUCAACCAUACUAUCCUCAAGGUGGAAGCUCUUCGUACUAUCCUCAAGAAGGAAGAUCUUCGUACUAUCCUCAAGAAGGAAGCUCUUCGUAUGGAAACUAUCCUCAAGAAGGAAACUAUCCUCAAGAUGGAAGCUAUCCUCAAGAUGGAAUCUCUUCAUACUAUCCUUACCAAGGAACUUCUUCAAACUAUCCUUACCAAGGAACUUCUUCAAACUAUGGAAGCUCUUCACACGAUGAAAACGCAAAUGGUUGUUCCAUCAUGUGA